UACCCUGCCGGCCAUAUUGGAUUCUUACUUUUGGUAAGAUGAGUGUUUCUGGAAGUAAAAACCUCUAAAGUUAGGGUUUUAACAACUUGGAUCAAAUUAGCUUCAUCGAAACUUAUAAGUCAUUACAUUCUCAAUUAUUAACGUUUAGUGUAUUAAAGAUUUGAAAUGAGUUCAUCUGAAAUCAAGCGGUCUAAAAGGAGGCGAAACCGAAGGGGUGGAGGAAAACCGACGACUGUUCCUCGGACCCAGACAAAUGCGUCUGGGGGCGAAGUGGCCAUUUCAAAUUCAGAGGUCAUGGAAGGACCUCAUCAUAAUGUUCCAACAACUGUCUCUCAAAUUGAUGUUAACAGUAUUCCUCAGCCUCUUGCUCCGAGACCACCAAAUCCAUACCUGGACCGGGAACAUUGUCUUCUUUGUCAUCGAGAACGCCCAGACCCCCCGGCCCACAAAGUACCGCCAAAGGAAGAAGGCAAGACGGAUGGUUGCACAUUGCAAAAUGUUACGCAGUUACCUUUGUGGGUGUGUCCUGAUUGUAGGAGGACGGUGGAAGAGGAAGAAAAGAACACAAAGCUGUACGAAUCAUCUCUAUUGGCUCAGGACUUUCUGCUGCAGUCCAACAUGCCACUCAUAAGUUCGCUUCAGGAAUUUGAUACGUCCCUUGUGUCGUCAAUGCCUGGUAACGACGGCGACCGUUCAAGCGUGACCAUGUGUUCAUGCGACCAGUGCCAGGAGAGGCAUCAAAUAGCAGCAGACCAGGAACGUGAGGUGCAGCAACUCCAGGAAGACUGGAUCGAGUUGUGCCACGUCGUACGCUGUAUCUACUGGGAAGCAGGGACGGCAUUGGCGGAAGAUGAUAAUUCCUCUAAGCUGAGCAUGCCACGAAUGAAAGAGGCAGUCCACAGGUUCUGCUCCAUUGACCCACACAAUCUUUACCUGAGGCUGGAGAGGGAGGUAGAGGACUUUGUGAGGGAGAUGCAUCAGCGCCUUCUAAAGCAGUUGAGUGGAGGGUGCAAGACACCAGCCCUGGCUAAGCAGUUUGUCAGUAUGCUAUUGGAGGAGUAUGGGGCGUUAUGCUCGGCUGCAAAAACACUCUCGUCAUUCCUAGAGGAACUGGAAAAAGAACACCUACAAUUAUUUAACCUAACAUGGAUGCUCCACAACAAGCACCUAUUCCACAGUACAAUCUACACUGACCAGAUGUUGCACUCAAACCUAGCCAUGUUGACCAAACAACUAAGGAAUGGUGCCACGCACAAGGAAACCUACCCGGGAGAAUCAUAUUCAACAGUGUUACACAAAUUCCUAAAGUUUGAUGAUGAAAUGUCUGUUGUUGGAGCUGUUUGGCGAGACUGUGAACAGUUGAUUCAGAAGUUUACUGAAAAACAAAGUCAACAGGGUUAUUGUCGGCAAAUAUUAGAGCAAGACUUAGAUGUGUUUAAGAGGAAAGCAUGUGAUGAGAUAGGUCAUAAUCAACAAGUGGAUGUGUUGAGGUUACUCAAUGGGUCUGAGUCGGCCAUGCAUGACAAAAAACACAGUGGCAAGAAGAAGAGGUGUCUUUGUGAUGAGUGCAGUAUUUCUAGGCUGACAACAAGCCUGUUAACCCCUGAGUUGUAUGAGGAGAUAGGCCUAAAGCAGCUAGCAGAGGGUAGUCCAAUGCAGCUCUCAGUCUUAGACAACUACCUGCAGGGAAUCAAUCCCCCUGACCUCUCAUCCACUAGCUCAUCGGAGUGCUCAUCUCAAGAGGAUAGCGAAGACAUACCGAUAUUCUCGCGCAAUGACUUGGUACCUUCAAGUUACAGUUCUCCGAAUUCUGAUGAUUCAGAUGAUUCAGAUGAUUUGGAUUCAGAGUCGUCUCCGUCACCUGUACAAGAUCCCGAAGACAAGGCCUACUUGCUGUCCCAGAAUGCUUUACAGGCCGCAGCCAAUCAGCUUCAAAGGUUAGGUUCGAUGAAUAACGUCAGCUCAGGCUCACCUGUGGACUUGGUAAGCAAAGAGGAGAGUGUCCAAACCAAACUGUGCGAGUGUCAUGCGUGCACUACAUCAGCAGCAGCAGCAAGCAAGGCUCUCUUAUCACAAGCAGUGACAGCGAAAGCAGUAGAGGGCUUCAAGUCUGCUGCCCCCUACCUCGUCUAUCAGAAUAUGAUGAACCAACCCGUUGACUUGAGUCGGCAUGGUGUCACAGCCAAACAUCCAAUCAUACAUCCUCAUCUAUAUAACUUAGGUUCACACAAACAACAAACAAGAACGCCCCCAACAUCCACAUCACAAGCAUUCCACUACGACAUUGAGCAGCAGGAGCAACGGCGGCAGCUAUUUCGGGGCGAUUGGAAUAAUGCGUACGAAAGUGCAAAGAAGACACUUAGCUCAAGGUGUGCUAGCAGCGACAGUGACCCAGAUCUUCUUCAAAGUGUCAAGGCCGCGUUGAAUUCCAGGGGCGUGGCCUCAAAUGACCUCACAACCUCUCCUUACGAUAUGCAUUCAUCACUUCAUAUGCAUACAUCGACAGCCAAUACAAUCACAGUAGUAGAUAAGAAACACCACAGCGGUCACACCUUCUCAGAUUCGUGUCUAGGUAAUGGUAAAACAGAUCACGACGCAGCACGGGAAGUGGAGGGGGACGGUCACGCAAAUGUCCACAACAGCCCCAAACACACCAGUUCUUCCUUGCCUGCUCCAGCAACAGAGUUUUGUGCUAAACAUAUGCCUGCAGCAAAGAAAGCCAGUCAACAACCAAGUUGUGCAACACCCUCAGCAUCUCAACACCAAUGCAGCUCAGCGAAUCAGCUCCCGUCCAAACUCACUGCUGAUAUGCUUCGGCUUGCGAUGACAAAAGGCCAAGGAAGGGGAAAGGAAGGGGCCAAAGGGGACCAUAGGAGCACUCGGGAAUGUUUUGAUGGGUUUGAUAUGUCAGGUUGUUUCCAUCAUGGCAACGCAUCACCAGGUCUGAUAGAUCCACAGACAGGUCUCUGCACCACUGCUCUUCAAACAUCAACCAGCACACCAACCUCAACAAGCAUAUGCAGUGACCCAGAAUGUGAAACGCACUUACCAUUUGAAGCGGAGGAUACAGACGAUAGCUGCUCCGAGAAGAGUAGUUCGACAGUAAACUCGAACCAAGCACGAGAAUCAAAACACUGUGAUUGUUGCUACUGUGAGUUCUUUGGUCAUGGGAAUGAGAAUGAGUUUUAUUUGAAAUCAGUGUCUGAAAUGAGAGACCGGUUGAGGCUCAGACUAAAAGAACGAAAGCCUAAGGAGCACAUGGAUUCAUAUGAUGAACCAAGUGAGAAAAGCAGCUCAGGAGAAUUUUCAAGAAUUCAAGAUGUUGACGAGCUGGUGAAGUUCAUCAAAGGAGACAAGGGCAACAAAGAGAACCAGAAACAAGAUGGCAAAGAAAAUCAGAAACAAAGCUCCAAGGCAGCUAAGCGACAAAGGCAGAAACAACGCAAGGCCGAAGAGAAAGCCAAACUUGAAGAACGGGCAAGGCAGCAGCGAGAGAACCUGGAAAAGGAAAGACUUCAACAAGAGAGAAGAGCGCAACAUGAGCGAGCGGCGAAAGAGCGACUUAAGAAAGAGGAACAGCAAAACAGGAAGAAAAACCGGAAACAAUCGGAGCAACAACAACAGAAAGAAAUGCAGUCCAAGACACAGAGGGUGCUAGCGGAGUCAAACAUUGCAACAUCGUCAAGUCCAAAUAAACAGGAAGAAGUUUCAUUAUCAAAACAGCAAUUACAGAAGAAGGAAACUUCAAAUGCACAGGGAGUAGGUUCUGCUUCUCCAUCACGUUCAGACCACGACAAAAAUGGCGUGACAUCUACCAACAAAAUGCAAGCGGCGGAGAAAAUUACACAGUCUAACAACAGCAGUAAGACCAAAGCUAAGAAAGCGGAAACAGAUUACACCAAGCUCAAUGGAAUAACCCAAAACAAACAGACCUCAGAGAAGAAUGGUGUCAAGAAAAUGAGUGCCCAGUCGCUAAAUGGGGAGCUUACAAAUGGAGAGAAAAAUAAGAAGAAUAAGGAGGCCCUUAAAGAUUGUGAGAGUACCAGUCGCCUGUCGACACCAACCAAAGAGAAGAAGAAGAAAAAGAAGCGAUCUCAAGAAACUAACACUUCAAUCGAUGAAAUCUUCAUGCCGAAGGAAGAUGUUGAUUUUGCCGAGAUGGAUGAGUCAGAGAGAGAAAUUGAAGACUUCAAAAGGUUCUGUAUGGCAUCAACACCUCUACAACACAAAGAAAAAGUUUCUUUCAACGUCAAAGAUCUGAACAUCAAGAAGGGUGCUGUACAAGCCCACUAACCUCUGAACCAUGACCUUUAAACUCAUGUCACUAAUCCUUUCUGACUAUCUCCAAAUAAUAUUGGGAUUUAACCCCUUUAGGAUCAUUUUUGAUAACUGCUUUAUAAUUGCAUGUCACAUAAUUUUUUUUGGUGUUUAUUGCCCUGUGUUGUUAUACCCAUAUAUAUGUAUGAUAUAUAAACAUAGAUAUGUGUAGCUUUAUGUUGGGACUUGUAGGAUAUUAGUAGGUAGGAAUUGAUUAUUAAAAAAAUGGUUAAAGUGUAUGAAAAAUAAGGUGGAUGUAUAGCUAUUUGAGUGUUGGCCUAGUAAGGGCUCCUCCUCCGUAAUAACUAACCUGCAUUGUCAGUCACUGUGUGUAAAGAAAGUAGUAAUUUACAGAAUGGAUUAGGCAGUCUAAUAUAACAAAGACUAAUUUUUUUUUGGAAAAAUUCAAUUCGGUUGACUGCUAGAAUUUACGAUUGUUGGUUGCAGCAUCGUCAUUGUGAUUACAAUCACUACCACCAUCAUCGCUGUCAUCAUUAUCAUCAUAAUCCUGCCUGCUCUUGAAUAAUUCUUAGGAGUGUUCAUAUACAGUAUCUAGGAUACCAUUUAUUAUGAUGAUGUUGAUCAUCAUCAUUAUCAUCAUGCACCCUUAUACAUCAGUACCAUGUUGUAAGUCAAAAUAAAUUCUCUCUCAUCUCAUUGUGUAACUACUUUAUAAUACAAGUAAAAUAACAUUAAAUGUUAUUCUUUAAUGCAAUUUUGAAUUGCUUAAAACAUGUUGAAAUAGAUGGAAACGCAGUCAAAUAGUCGGUAUCUCCUCAUUUAUAACACAGUGAAGUCUUCCCUCAUUUUGUUUGCCUAAUUAUUUAGUUUUACUUAAAAAUUAUCAAAUGCUUUGAAGCAGUUUAUUUAAUGCAUGGUUUUUUUUUGUUUUUUUUUCUCCUCUGCAAAAGUGGAAGAGUUUUAUCCAUAUAGAAGUUAGCAUAGAUAUGCUCAUGUAUUCAUCCCACCUGUUAAAAGGUGGGGUAUUUUAGUGGGGUAUAGUGACUUAGAGGUUUAGUGGGAGAAUUCUUAUUUAAUAAUAAAUGUAAACAGUAUGUAGGAUAGUCUGGUGUAGUACUUAAACUUAGAAAUUAUCUGGUCAGGUUUUUGAGAAAAACUGGCACCAGAUGGAGAUAGUCAUGAAAAUCCUGUAUAGAGCGCCCUUUCUAUCAGUCAGUGCAUUUGGAAAAAGUUUCAAAAGGAAGUGCUGGGCUAAAGCUAAGAGGUCGAACAUGGGUUUAUGUCAUGGUUUGGAGGUUACGUUUUCUGCAAGAAAGAAUGAAUUUUGAACGGCUAUUUAAGUGUUAAACUGCUAUGAACAAUAUAUAAGUGUUGGAAUAAUUGGAAAAAAUGAAUUAGUAAAGUGUUUGGUAUUCUCUGCGAGGUGCAGCAAAUAAUUACAAUUUAAAAUGUGUCAUAUAAAGGAAAUAAUGCAAAUGAUUUAACUUCGUGUAAGUUAGGGAGUGAGGUAAGAAGGAGUUAUGAAAAAACUUGAGUAAGCUAGGGGUUAGGGUGAGCGACAUGGAUAUUAUGUUGGGUGUCAACGCUACCUGUUUGAUAUCUUCAGCAAGGCUUAUCAACGUCCCUUCUUUUAUUUUGUCCGAAAAUCUUGCUAUGUUGUUAUCAAAUAAAUACACUUCUCUGCUUAAGUA